AGGCCGAGAGGGCCGGGGAGGACGAGCGGGCCGGGGAGGACGAGCGGGCCGGCAUGGCCGCGGCGAGGCCCCGCGGGCGUCCGGUGUCGGCGGGCCCGGUGAGCGGGAGCGGGAGCGGGAGCGGGGCGGAGGAGCGUGCGGAGCCGUGGGGCCCCGGCGGGGCGGCCGAGCGCUCUCUGCAGCGGAUGCUGCGGGCCAUCGUGGACGAGAGGAGCCGCGUCACCGGACGCCAGGACCUCGGCGGCCUCGGGGGCUUCAAGGACGACCGCAUCGUAUUCUGGACGUGGAUGUUCUCCACGUCCUUCAUGGAGAAAUGCUCCCCUCGCCAGGACGACAUGCUCUUCUACGUCCGCCGCAAGCUGGCCUAUGGAGGCAGCGAUGGGGCCGAGGGCAGAAAGGCGGGGGCGGACGUGGAAGCAGAGAUGGAGGCGGAGGUGGAGGUGGAGGUGUACCGCAGGGACUCCAAGAAGCUGCCCGGCCUCGGCGACCCAGACAUGGACUGGGAGGAAUGUGUCUACUUGAACCUUGUCCUACAGAAGCUGGACUACACGGUCACCUGUGCCGUGUGCACACGCUCAGAUAGUGGCGACAUCCACAUCCACAGAAAGAAGUCUCAGCAAGUGUUCGCCUCUCCGAGCAAGCAUCCUAUGGACAGCAAAGGAGAGGAAUCCAAGAUCAGCUACCCCAACAUCUUCUUCAUGAUCGACAAUUUUGAAGAGGUGUUCAGCGACCUGACCGUGGGCGAGGGGGAGAUGGUCUGCGUGGAACUGGUGGCCAGCGACAAGACGGACACGUUCCAGGGGGUCAUCUUCCAGGGCUCCAUCCGCUACGAGGCCCUCCGGAAAGUCUACGACAACCGGGUGAGCGUGGCCGCCAGGGUGGCCCAGAGGGUGAGCUUCGGCUUCUACAAGUACCACCCCAUGGAGUUCGUGCGCAUGAAGGGGCCGCAGGGCAAGGGCCACGCCGAGAUGGCCGUCAGCCGCGUGGCCACCGGGGACACGUCGCCCUGCGGGACGGAGGAGGGCUCCGACCCCGCCUCCCCGGUGCACGACAGGGUGACGUCGUUCAGUACGCCCCCCACCCCCGAGCGCAGCCACCGCCCCUCCUUCUUCUCCCCGUCCCUCAAGAGGAAGGGGCCCCGCAACCGCAUCACCGAGAUGAAGAAGUCGCACUCGGCCAACGACAGCGAGGAGUUCUUCAGGGAUGACGACGGGGAAGCAGAUCUGCCCCUCCCGAGCAGCCUGCGGUCACGGUCCCUGUCGGGGACGGGGCGCUCUCUGGUCGGGUCCUGGCUCAAGCUCAACCGUGCGGACGAACGCUUCCUGCUCUACGCCCACCUCACCUACGUCACCCUGCCGCUCCCGCGCAUCCUCACCGACAUUCUGGAAGUGCGGCAGAAGCCCAUCCUGAUGACAUAGAGGAGGAGGAGGAAGAGGAGGAGGAGGAAGAGGAGGAGGAAGAGGAGGAGGAGGAGGAGAGACUGGUGGCGUGGUGCUGCCUGGAAGCUGCCAAGUGCCUACUGCAGUGGUUUUCUGCACCAACACUAUCACCUAGUGGCAGAAGGGUGCACCUCCAUGGGAGAAAAACCAGGGAGAGUCUCUCUGUCUCUCUCUGUCUCUGUCUGUCUCUGUCUCUCUCUCUCUCUCUCUCCGUCUCUUUCUUCCUCCCCACCUCGAAACCAGCCAAGCUCAAGUGCCUCUUUCUUCUUCCCUCGACGGGCCUCGAGUCCCACGCGCAGCCCCGCGGCAGAGCGGCACGUCCAGCGUCCGGGCUCCGGAGGAGGAUGCAACAGCAGAGCGGAACCUGAGGAAAGAAAGAAGAAAAACCCCAAACGCUCGACGAACGACCGGUGGACGGUUUCUACUUUCCGGCAAAGUGGACGGGGAGCGCCGGACUUGAUGUGCUCUGUUCAGAAAGCCACGGUUCGCAUUUCAUAAUGACAUACCAAUGAGUUCCACGUGAAACCCCGCCCGGCCCCCACCAUCAGCCCCCUUCCCCAUCCGCCCCUGAGUGGCCGUGCGGGCGCGGAGGGCUCGGCGGCGGUGACGAGAGACGACAUUCCUCCGCCUCUGUCUGUGGCGCGGAUUCUCCAACCUGUUUACGGUGGGGUGCCCCCCUACCCCCGGCCAAAGAACAAGAAAAUCAAAGUGAGACCCCCCCCCCCGCCGCGGCUGGAAAGGGCCGAGUCGGACCCUCACGUCCCUGGGCACCGGCCGCCCGUCAGCUGGCCGAUCCCCGGGCCCCUCUGUGGCCCACGCCCGGCCCCCGGGCGGUGGGGGGUGGGCGAUGUCCCGGCCUCUCGGGCUCCCCCGGGUUUGGACGUGGCCCUUGAGGGCUGACCUCAUCGGUCGUCCAGAUGCAUUCGAGGACAGAGAAUUGGCUGUUGGAAGAAGUACGUGCAGCGUCUUCAGCAUGCUUCUGGGAGAGUUUUUCAGGCCUUAGAGUGUUGCGCAGCGUGUGUGUGUGUGUGCGCGUGGGUCUGUCCGCCCCGCCCUUUCCCGGGACGGUCAUAGUGGGGCCUCGUUCUUAUUUCAGGGCGCAGGACCCCGGACGGUCCCUACAUGUCCAUCCGUGUCCCCUCCCACCCCCAGCCCUCGGGGUGAGACCGUUCGACCGCCAGCGGGGUUUGCAGGGGAGCCGACGAUUCCCGAGGAGCAGUCGGGCCGGGUCAGAUCUUCACUUAGCGCUGCCUGGCCCCCGGCCGGUCAGGGCCAAGGGGCAGCGAAGGGACUUGUUGAGCACCCUCUUGGGGGCAAUGCACUGUACAAGUAGUAGAUGUAGUAAUAGUGGUGGUGAUGUUUAUUGAGUGCCCCUGGGGGCAGUGCACUGUAGUGUUGGUAUUUACCGAGUACCCCCCGGAGGCGAUGCACUGUAGUGUUAUUUACUGAGCGCCCCUGCGGGCCGGUCACUAGUAUUGGUAUUUAGCGAGUGACCUCAAGGGGCAGGUCACUGUACUGAGCACUCGGGACUGCGCCCCACCUGAUUAUCCCUCUCUUUCCCAAAGGCUUUGGUGCCCACGCUGGAAGCCCUCGAUCGAUACCUCGACCGGGGAAGUGCCCCUUCCAGGAGCGGUGGCUCGGAAGGCGGGCGGUCGGCACGUCGGUGCGUCCGCCUCCCCAGGGGGCAAGCCCCGUCCGCCCGGCAGGGACCCCGCGGGCGCCUCGCUCACUCGGGCUCCGGGGCGUCCCGGCCUGGCGGUUUCGGGGCGACCCAGCCGGACCGGAGGUUGGCAUGGAGUUUUGGGGUCUCCGCCGGAGCAGGCGCUUACCUGGCUUUAACGCUCCUUCACCCGGCCCCGGCCCAUCGCCGGGCAUCAGGCGGUGGUGGCCGGCUCAAGCCCCCAGAACCGUAUCUCCUGAGCUGUUCAGCUCCGGGCGCUGCUCCAGCAGUGAGACGGGUUUGCGGGCGGGCAGUCCAAAGGUUGGAGCAGCUUGAAAAUAUGUCGGGGGUGGGGAAGGAGCCCCCUGCAGUCAGCCCCCUACCUCUGGUCCAGAAGCAGAUUGGUAUCCUUCCGGGCGUCCGAGACCCCACUCUGACCUCAGGCGAGGGCCAGACCAGUUCUCAGCAGAUUUGGGCCACCGGGCGAGGCUCACUCUCAGACCUCCGUGUCCUGGGCUGGCAUCUCCUCGCUCAUCGUGCAGGGGGCUGCUGCAGCCGAAAAGACCUCUGGUGGCGAGAGGAAUUGGAGGCCGAGGGGAACCCCCGUUGGUUCUCACCCCGGGAACGCCCCCUCCCCACCUUCCGGUGCCCUCCAGAACCGCUCCGUCCCUCAGAAGCCAAAUGUCGUUUGGAACUCCAGAUGGUCCUGACCGUACGGCCCUGUGAUGGGCCCAAAGAUCUGCCAGCCGCCAGGCCCUGGGCUGAGGGGUGGGGGGCAGGACUGUGGCAACGUCUGUGGGGACCGGUGAGGGUCCCUGCGCCCCACUGCUUCCCGGGGGCUUUCCUGAACCUAGCUGCCUCUAGGAGUCGAGCUGAGGGUUCAGCUCAGUCUUGGACCCGGCUCCGUGGGCAGUGGGCUCCCGCCUCUGGUGGACCCGCGGGGGGGGGGGGCGGGGAGGCAAGAAGUGGUGUCCGGAGGGGCAGGGAGGCGUUGGAAGGUCCCAGAACUCCCAGUUGGCUUUGAAGGAUGCGCUCUGCUCCGUGCCCACAAAGCCAAAGUUGACAUUCCAGGUCCCGCACGUGUCUUCCCUGUGUCGGACCCUGCGAGGAAAGGUACAAACUGGCCGGUGCCUGAGGCUCCCCAGGAAGUGAAGUCUCCCUAGGCUCAUAGCAGCUUUCUGAGCUCCUUCUCAGAGAAGGGAGGAAGAGAGAGAGUGACAGAGGAGGAGGACAGGGCCGACAGAAGGGGGAAACACCAAGAUCGUUUGCCCUGUUGGGCUCUUGAGCCUGAGGAUGGCAGGAGGCUUCCGUCCAGAAAAUGUUUUUCCCUCAGCAUCUGUUUGGGGAAAUUUGUUCUUCCAACAGUGCCGACCUGGAGACCGUAUCUUUCCCUCGACCUCGGAUGGUGGCAAAGGUGCGGGAGAGCGGCUCCCUGGCCUCAGGGCAUCGGCCGUGUCUGCUCAACCUUGCAGCCGUCCUCUUGGUUUUCUCUUCACCCGCUGAUGGCAGGGUGGGGAGCGGGUGGCAAGGUCUGUGCCUCACGAGGUCUUCCUGCUCCGGCGAAGCCAGCGUCGGGGGCCAACGGGUGAAGGUUCAGCCUGGGAGCUGAGGCAGUCCUUGGCCUUGAUCCGGUCGGACUCCCGGUUACCCUGUUGCAGCCAGCGCGCUUCCAGAAAGCGACCUGUCUUAAGAAGUAGCCAUGAGAAGUGGGACUUUGGGCCACAGCUUUCCAAAGUCUCUAAGGGAAGAGUGAGUUGAAGUGAUGAGUUCAUGUCAUGUUUUAGGCUCUCGUUCCCAAAGCAGCCUCGCCUAGGGAUCCGGAGAUGGUCACGGUAGUUUGUGUGUGAUUGGUUCUUGGCAGGUUUGGGGUUUGAGCACCCAGAGGCCCACCAAGCCACGCGCACCCUGAGGGGGAAAGGUAGGGAGCCUGAAGUGGGUACUUGCUGACUGAAUUCUUUCAUCUCCACCUCUUUUCACCCCCCUUUUCUCCCUCCUCUUCCCUUCCUCUUUCUCACCCUUCUCCAGGGGCUGGAGAAAUGUUCCCUGCACCCCUGCCCACUUUUAAUACCUUUCUUUUAAAGUUAUAUAAAACAUGCCGAAAAUUCUGUGACCAUUUCAGAAAGACCUUCCCUGCUCUGAUGCUUAAGCAUUCGUUUUUUUCUGUUUUUAUUUUUUUUUUUUUUAAGAAAAAUGUAUUUUAGCACUAUUUUGUUGGGUCACCGUGAUAGGAACAGGUGUGCUGCUAUGUGUAGGGAAGUUUUUUUCUUUUUUAAAAUUUCCCACAGAUUGAAUGCUUCCUCUAGUCAUAGGAUAACCAGCCCCUAAAUUCUGCAGAAAGGAGCCCUCCCACCCUUCUGUUUGCUAGUUGUCCCCCUGCCCCAGCGAGGGAGCUGGGUGAUUAUUUUAGCAGACUCUAGUGACGAUGGGGAGCCGCGGCCAAGGUGAUAGUGGCCGAUGGCCAGCUACCGGAACCGAAGCUUCGGUGCCAGCUUAGAGCCUGCGUCGAGGUGACUCGGGUUACCCAGAAAGAGUGUCGGGGACGGGUUUGGCCAGUGGCAUGGCAGGAGCAAGGGGCACUGGGCAUGGGGCUCCGAGGGGCCUUCCCAAAUCCACGCUUGUGGUGCCCCAUGGGGAGAGGUCAUCAACAAGCCUUUACCGAGUUCCCCGACCAGAGGGACGAGGGGCUCUUCCCCAGGUGGGGGGUGGUCCUGCUAGGAUUUGUCUCUCCCCCCGGUCCAUCCGUCCAUCCAUCUGUCGCCUCAUCUUCCUUCAGGUGGCCCGUUGUGUAGCAGCAGAGCUAAUGACCCCAGUGGCUCCCUGCUCUCCUUGCACUGGGGGAUAUAAAGUGGGUGGGCAUGUGGUGGGGGCUUCUAUGAGGACUGGGGUAGGGGGGCCUGGCCCAGUUGUCACGGCCGUCUCAUUGGCAGCAGCCGGGGGCGUCAGGCCGGGGAUCAGCGGCGCGGUUUGUGCCCGGGCUCCAGAGGUCAGAGGUCAUCCAAGAAGACGAGUCCCUGGAGAAUGACCUGGCCUGGCCGUGAUGAUGUUGGUGCCCCAGAGAAUGGCCUGGCCGAAGUGAUAUUGGCACCCUUAGAACCCGGGGCAAACUCCCGCUCCGAGCGGCCGCAGGGACCGACGGGCUGAGAGCCCGGUCAGGGUCCCCGGACCAGGCUCGCUCACCUCUGUCUCCCAGGUUGUUCCUCCGAUGGGAUGAAACUUUCCAGAUCAGAGGGUCACGCAGCCCUCAGGGGCCGGAGUGGGCGGCAGAAGUGGCUGCUUCCAUUGGCGGCUCUGUGGAGGGCAGAGACAGGGUCAGCCCCCCACCAAGGCCAAAUUGGAGGCGAAAACGGCCUUGUUCCGCAGACGGCCUUCUCAGUCUCCACCUCCUGUGGGGGAUCAGAGCGUGAACAGCUGGAGGUUUCUAGGGGGAGCAGAAAGGGAGAGGGAGUUGAAGACACCAUCGAUAAACUACAGGUGAUGCAGUCCUCCGAAAAUGACCCCCCCAAAACCUCCCCAAGUCAGGACACUUGGUGUGAACACGUGAUCUGAUGCCGUCCGGCCUCUUGUCCAAUGCGGGGUGCCAACACUGCUGUAUAACUUUUUUCUGAAAUAAUGUUUCUCUAAUGCCAAUUAAAAUCCGGUCAUUUUAAAAUAAAUUUGCCUUCAAGUUUUA